AAAAUUUAUCAGAUGCCUUCUGAACAGGUAAAGGAUGAAUUCUUUGAUGCAUUUUUUAAAUCUGAUACAUUUGAAAAAAUAGAUCACAAUAUGCUUUUGAAAGUAUUAGCUAAUUCUAAAAAUGGUUGGAAUCUUUAUGAGUAG